AUGUUCUCCAAGCUCUUCCUUCUCGCUCUUCCCCUCGUCCUCGCAGCUCCGGCUGUCAAGCGCACCGAGGGCGACAUCACCUUCUACACCCCCGGCCAGGGCGCCUGCGCUGGAACCCACGGCGUCGAGGACAUGGUCGCUGCCGUCGGUGCCAACCUCUACGACACUCAGGAUGUCUGUGGCAAGACCAUCACCCUCCAGGGCGAUGCUGGUACCGUGACCCUCACUGUCGUCGAGGAAGUCUCUCACACCCGCUGCGAGGCCUGCAAGGACACCGACCUUGAUGUCUCCCCUGCUGCCUUUGAGCAGGCCAUCGGACCCAAGAACAUUGGACGCGGCAAGGGAACUUGGAACUUUGUUUAA